AUGUCCUCCUCAAAAGAACCAGAACCAGAACCAACCUUCCAACUCUUCACCUCUCUCCGUUACGAUCCCAUCCUCCUCCAAUCACCCCUCAACAUUGAAUCCUGGCCUCUUCCAUCCCCCGCCCCAUGCCCCUUCUACAUGCUCCCUUACCAUCGCGACCGACUCCAACAAGCCGCUACCCAUUUUUCCUGGCCUAUCGCUAUAAACGCUAUAUCCGGUUCCGGAGGGAUUCCAAAACCUUCUCACCACCCUCUCCAAAAAUUAUCGAUACCAGCUCCCCCGCCCCCUUACGAGUACGAAUCGUUCUCGAUCACAAGGGAAAUCUAA